CUCCCUCAUGAGCUGAGGUUUCUGAUGCCAAAAACAAACAUCAUGGAUGGUGAGGCAGGAAAGUAUGACCUAAGAACCAUCACUCAGUUCAUAAGACAGGAAACCAAGCCAGUUCCCUUUGGAGAGUAUGGGGAUUCAGAUGGCUGGAACGGGAUCUCUGUGUCUGCACACUACCUAACUGACUGCCUACUGCAUGAGUACAAACACCAGGAGGGUGCUAUCACAAAGCUUCUUCAGGGCACCUUUGGACAGGCUUUCCGCUCAGACCACACACGGAAAGUUGCUAGGAAGGUCACCUUUUCAUCUGGGACCAUGUCAUCAUAUGCAGUCAUGAAUGAGAACUGGAUGAUCCUUUCAUGGGUGAUGGUGCAGUCUGAGACAGAAAAGUCACUGAAGCCCAUGUAUGAAGGUGUAGCACACCGCUACAACACUGCAGGCAUAGAGAAGGCACACUACCAGCGGGUAGACAGGGAUUGCUGCGCAGCAUUUAAGGUUGCAGAAUCUUACACAGGAGAGCACAUGAACUGGGAUGCUUGGACAACUACUAAUGGCAUUGUUGCUGAUGCCACUACUGGUGACCUGCUGAACACCUGUGCAUCAAGAUCCCACUACAAUAAAAACAUAAUUAUCAAGCUGGACUUGUUCCACUGUUUGAGAUGGUUCCUCCGUGAGUGUGUGUCAGAGCAUCAUCCCCUGUACAGUUCCUUUGCUCAGUUCCUGUCGGCAGCCUUUUCAGUGGUGGAUCAGGAAGACCUGCAGAGGCUUAAAGAGGCAAAUGCCUUCUGUGGCAUUCAGCCUGCCAACCCAACAAAGGCACACAUUUAUGAGCACUGCAGGACCAGAAUUCCACAGCCGGAGGAGCUCGCCAAGAGAGUCAAGGGAGUUUUCCAGCACUUUUACCUCGCAACUGAUCAAAACGGCGUUCCUCUCUUCAAGCCCUCUAUGCUGAAGACAUUCAGCGCAUACACAUCUUGCGCGGGUGCCUGA